AUGCAGUUCAAGACUCUCGCUCUCUUCUCGGCCCUCGCCGCCGCUGGCCUGGCUCAGGACAUCGACAACAAUGACGUCCCCAACGCCUGCCGCUCUGUCUGCCAGAGCACUGUCGACCUGACCACCCAGUGCGAUCGCCAGACCGACGACGAUGAUCAGAGCUACCUCAACUGUGUCUGCUCCACCACCAACGCGAGCAGCUUCAUCCCGGAGUGCGAGGCUUGCGUCGCCGCCAACGACGAGGCUGACAACGACGUCCGCGACAUCGUCCGCUCUUGCUCUUUCACCCAGGUCUCCACCUGGAACUCGGGCACUGCCACCGGCACCGCUACUUCGUCCGCUUCCACCUCCUUCAGCAUCACCUUGGCCAGCUCGGUCACGGCCACCGCCUCGGGCACUGGUUCUUCGGCCACCGGCCAGACUACCGGCACUUCUAGCAGCACCGGCACCAGCGCCUCGGCCGGCACCACCGGAUCCGCUCAGGCCACCGGCGCUGCACCUGCCGUCACCGCCGGCUUUGGCGGUCUCGCUAUGGCCGUUCUGGCCGGCGUUCCUGCCCUCCUGUAG